AUGGCAGUAGCUUACGAGUUACCCCAAAUCCAGUUCAGUCUCGAUGCGCUGGAACCCUCCAUAUCAGGGCAAAUCAUGGAUCUUCAUUACAACAGACACCACAGAACGUACAUCGCCAAUUUGAACGCCGCGCUCGGCGCACAGGCGGAAGCAGCCUCUUCCAAUGACCUGGUGAAGCAACUCGAGCUUCAGGCCGCCAUCAACUUCAACGCCGGCGGACAUAUCAACCACUCCCUCUUCUGGGAGUCCCUGGCUCCUGCUUCAAGUGGGUGCAACAACAUCGCUGCCGUUGCUCCCACACUCAACGACGCCAUCACAAAGCGGUGGGGCAGCUUCGACUCCUUCAAGACGGCUUUCGAGGCCUCUGCAUUGGCCAUACAAGGGUCUGGCUGGCAAUGGCUUGUUCAGGACGCGCAGACGAAAUGGCUAGAAUUAACGACGAGCAAGGAUCAGGAUCUGCCCAAGGGAGGAAAGGGAGUCGUUCUGGGGGUCGACAUGUGGGAGCAUGCGUAUUAUCUCCAAUACUUCAACAACAAGAAAGAAUACCUGACCAAGAUCUGGGAUGUCAUCAACUGGCCGACUGCCGAAAAGAGGUACAAGGGCGAUCCAAGAGCUGUCUUCGGAUCGUUGGCCGGAUUAGCCAGCCAUUUGUAG